CUGAGCGUGAGGAGGAAGAGAAAGGUACAUCUUUGCUCCGCACACUGCCAUUCAUGAAUGCGACAUCAUGACUGACUCCGACUAUCUUCAGACUCAAUGGAAGUCGACAAGCAGACCUUCAUCCCUGGCCGGACAAAGCUGGCUCCCGGAGAGGUCCUCUCCCCGGACCCGACGACUUAUGACAUGCUUCACACCCUCAGCACCCCAUGGCCCUGUCUAUCGUUCGAUAUCGUGCGCGAUUCCUUGGGCGACAACCGUAAAACAUACCCCUCCACUGUCUACGCUGUGACAGGUACACAAGCCGAGGGCAGACGGUCGAAGGAGAAUGAGUUGAUGGUCCUGAAGUUGAGCGGCAUGAGCAAGAUGGACAAGGAGAAUGAAACCGACUCGGAGAGCGACUCCGAUUCGGACGACGAAAGCGAGGCCAUCCUCGAGCACAAGAGCAUUCCACUCGGAUCGACAACCAACCGUAUCCGCGCUCACCAAACCCCCAAUCAGUCCGGCGAUUACUCCAAGCCCCCACAGACUCUUACCGCCACGAUGCUGGAGAACUCCCAGGUCGUGAUCCACGAUGUCACCCCCCACCUCACCAGCUUCGAUGUUCCCGGCACGAUCCUCCCCCCUUCUGCCUCCAAGCCCCUGUCGACUCUCCGCAUGCACAAGUCAGAGGGAUAUGCACUGGACUGGUCUCCGCUGCAGCCUCUCGGCAAGCUUUUGACUGGUGACAACGACGGAUUGAUCUACGUGACGACGCGCACCGAAGGCGGCGGCUGGGUGACGGAUACUCGUCCGUUCACCGGACACCUGUCGUCCAUCGAGGAGCUCCAAUGGUCCCCCAACGAGAAGAACGUGUUCGCCUCCGCCAGCAGUGACGGCAGUGUGAAGGUGUGGGACGUCCGGUCCAAGUCGCGCAAGCCCGCUGUCGAUGUCAAGGUGUCGAACACCGACGUCAACGUUAUGAGCUGGUCGAACCAGACCUUCCAUCUCCUUGCGACGGGUGCGGAUGACGGACAGUGGGCCGUCUGGGAUCUGAGACACUGGAAGCCGACGGCGCCGUCGUCUCAGAUUACCGCUGCGCCCGUUGCCUCAUUCGACUUCCACCGCGAACCGGUGACGAGUAUCGAAUGGCACCCGACGGAUGACAGUGUCGUCGCGGUCGGCUCCGCCGACAACACGGUCACUCUCUGGGAUUUGGCUGUCGAACUGGACGAGGAGGAGAACCGUGAGGCGGGCAUGCAAGAGGUCCCGCCGCAGCUGUUGUUCGUGCACUACAUGGAGUCCGUCAAGGAGAUCCACUGGCAGGCCCAGAUGCCCGGUACGAUCAUGGCUACUGGUGGCGCCGGAUUUAGCGUGUUCAAGACGAUCAGUGUGUAGACGACGUUAUAAGAAAAGUGCCCUUUCAACGAAUGCAUAUAGGUAGUUGGUGCGUUUUGAUGCGUUAUACCACUUUAUCUUUUUGUUUUGCUUUAUGAUGAGUUAUAGAUUAAAUGAUGAA